GCCAAACAGAUAAAAGUUCGAAAACAACAUACCAGAAAGAUAAUUUCAUUGGAUCCACUUAUAUAUAAAACACACCGCGACCGAACUAUUUCAGUAUUAAUACAAAAAUUGUGAGUUAAUUAAAAAAGUGAUUAAUCCUGAUUUCUUGAACAAUGUCUUUUGACCUUAAAGGAAAAAUCGCUUUGGUUACCGGGGGAGCAAAUGGAAUUGGGUUGGCCUAUGUUAAGGAACUAUUGAAGAAUGGAGUUAAGGGUGUUGCAAUCACUGAUAUAAGCCCCAACGGAAAUGACGUAGCAGCAGAACUGAACAAACAAUAUGGAGAUGGAACAGUGAUUUUCAUUACCACCAAUUCUAUUAACAAGGCGGAACUUGCCGUUGCUUUCGAAAAAGCGAUAGAGCACUUUAAAACUCUGGAUGUGGUAAUUAACAAUGCCGGAAUUAUGUUUGACAGCGAUUGGGAAAAAGAAGUAGCUUUGAAUUGUAAUGCCGUAGUCGAGGGCAGUCUUCUAGCAAUCAAAUAUAUGGGCAAAAACAAUGGCGGUAAAGGUGGUGUGGUGGCCAACAUCGCCUCCAUAUUGGGUCUUCAAUCCCUCUCAGGAUGUCCCGUAUACGUCGGAACAAAACACUUUGUUCUCGGCAUGACCCGGUCCUUUGGAACUGACUAUUAUUGGAACUUGACUGGCAUUAAAUUCGUGACUAUGUGUCCGGGAGUGACUGAAACGCCACUGAUUUCCGAAGCUGGAAAGUUCGCCUUAAAAGGAUUCCCUAAUUUAGGAGAGGUGCUCGCUAAGGAGCUUGGAUCAUUACCAGCACAACCACCUCGGAAUGUCGCUGAAGGGAUGAUAACCAUCAUUACUAAAGGACAAAACGGAAGCGUUUGGGUCUCAGAAGGAAAUGAACCUAUUUAUGAGGUGGAAAUUCCCGACAGAUUAACUUUACGUAAAAAGUGAUGUUUUUAUAUGAUAAAUAAAACACUUUUUUAGUAUUAAAAA